GAGGAGAUAGGCGGGAGCGAGGGACUGAGGGAGAGGAGCGAGGGGAGGCCGAGAGCUGAGGUGGAGACGGGAGGGCGCGCAGCUUGGUUGCUCGGUAGUACGGCGGCUCGCGAGGGAGAAUCCCGGGCGGACUCCGGGACGCCCCGAGAGGCGGGCGGGGAUGGUGUGCGGGGCUGCGGCUCCUGCGUCCCCUUUCCGCGGCGACUGAGCUGCACUGAUUUUUUUUGUCCCCCUGAGGCGGCAGCGUGGACCCGCCUGGAGAUGAGGCGUCGGUUAGCAAGGUGAAAGUAACAGAACCAUGGCUCAGUUUCCCACACCUUUUGGUGGCAGCCUGGAUAUUUGGGCCAUAACUGUAGAGGAAAGAGCAAAGCAUGAUCAACAGUUCCAUAGUUUAAAGCCAAUAUCUGGAUUUAUUACUGGUGAUCAAGCUAGAAACUUUUUUUUUCAAUCUGGGUUACCUCAGCCUGUUUUAGCACAGAUAUGGGCGCUCGCUGAUAUGAAUAAUGAUGGAAGGAUGGAUCAAGUGGAGUUUUCCAUUGCUAUGAAACUCAUCAAGCUGAAGCUCCAAGGAUAUCAGCUCCCCUCUGCACUUCCCCCUGUCAUGAAACAGCAACCAGUUGCUAUUUCUAGUGCACCAGCGUUUGGUAUGGGAGGUAUUGCCAGCAUGCCGCCGCUGACCGCUGUUGCUCCUGUGCCAAUGGGUUCCAUUCCCGUGGUCGGGAUGUCUCCCCCGCUAGUAUCAUCUGUUCCUGCAGCAGGGGUGCCCCCCCUGGCUAAUGGGGCGCCCCCGGUCAUACAGCCUCUGCCUGCAUUUGCUCAUCCUGCUGCCACAUUGCCAAAGAGUUCUUCCUUUAGUAGAUCUGGCCCAGGAUCGCAGUUAAACACAAAAUUACAGAAGGCACAAUCAUUUGAUGUGGCCAGCGUCCCUCCUGCAGCUGAGUGGGCUGUUCCUCAGUCAUCCAGGCUGAAAUACAGACAGCUCUUCAAUAGUCAUGACAAAACCAUGAGUGGACACCUAACAGGUCCCCAAGCAAGAACUAUUCUUAUGCAAUCAAGUUUACCACAAGCUCAGCUGGCUUCAAUAUGGAAUCUUUCUGACAUUGAUCAAGAUGGAAAACUCACAGCGGAAGAAUUUAUCCUGGCUAUGCACCUCAUUGAUGUAGCUAUGUCUGGUCAACCACUGCCACCUGUCCUGCCCCCAGAAUACAUUCCGCCUUCCUUUAGAAGAGUUCGAUCUGGUAGUGGUAUAUCUGUCAUAAGCUCAACUUCAGUGGAUCAGAGGUUGCCAGAGGAACCAGUUUUGGAAGAUGAACAGCAACAACUAGAAAAGAAACUACCUGUAACCUUUGAAGAUAAGAAGCGGGAGAACUUUGAACGGGGCAACCUGGAGCUGGAGAAGCGGAGACAAGCUCUCUUGGAACAGCAGCGUAAAGAGCAGGAGCGCCUGGCCCAGCUGGAGCGGGCAGAGCAAGAGAGGAAGGAGCGGGAGCGCCAGGAGCAGGAGCGCAAAAGACAACUGGAGCUGGAAAAGCAGCUAGAGAAGCAGCGGGAGCUGGAGCGGCAGAGGGAGGAGGAGCGAAGGAAGGAAAUCGAGAGGCGGGAGGCUGCGAAGCGGGAGCUUGAAAGGCAAAGACAGCUUGAAUGGGAACGGAAUCGAAGACAAGAACUAUUAAAUCAAAGAAACAAAGAACAAGAAGACAUAGUUGUACUGAAAGCAAAGAAAAAGACUUUGGAAUUUGAAUUAGAAGCUCUAAAUGAUAAAAAACAUCAAUUAGAAGGAAAACUUCAGGAUAUCAGAUGUCGAUUGACAACCCAAAGGCAAGAAAUUGAGAGCACAAACAAAUCUAGAGAGUUGAGAAUUGCAGAAAUCACCCACCUACAACAGCAACUACAGGAGUCCCAGCAAAUGCUUGGAAGACUUAUUCCAGAAAAACAGAUACUCAAUGACCAAUUGAAACAGGUUCAGCAAAACAGUUUGCACAGGGAUUCACUUCUCACACUCAAAAGAGCCUUAGAAGCGAAAGAACUGGCUCGGCAGCAGCUACGAGACCAACUGGAUGAAGUGGAGAAAGAAACUAGGUCAAAAUUGCAGGAGAUUGAUAUUUUCAACAAUCAGCUGAAGGAACUUAGAGAAAUACAUAAUAAGCAGCAACUCCAGAAACAGAAGUCCAUAGAGGCUGAACGCCUGAAACAGAAGGAACAAGAACGAAAGAUACUGGAAUUAGAAAAACAAAAAGAAGAAGCCCAAAGACGAGCUCAGGAAAGGGACCAGCAGUGGCUGGAGCGCAUGCACCAGGAGGAUGAGCAGCAGCGGCCACGAAAACCCCACGAGGAGGAGAAGCUCAAAAGGGAAGAGAGCGUCAAAAAGAAGGACAGUGAGGAGAAGGGCAAACCGGAAAUGCAGGACAAGCUGAGUCGGCUUUUCCACCAGCAGCAAGAACCAGCUAAGCCCGCUGUCCAAGCUCCCUGGUCCACUGCAGAAAAAGGCCCACUAACGAUUUCUGCGCAGGAGAAUGUAAAAGUGGUGUAUUACCGAGCACUCUAUCCCUUUGAGUCCAGGAGUCACGAUGAAAUCACGAUCCAGCCGGGAGAUAUAGUCAUGGUGGACGAAAGCCAAACUGGAGAGCCGGGAUGGCUUGGAGGAGAAUUAAAAGGAAAGACGGGAUGGUUCCCUGCAAACUACGCAGAGAAAAUCCCAGAAAACGAGGUUCCUGCCCCAGUCAAACCAGUGACUGAGGUGGCCUCCACCCCUACACCCAAAGUGGCUGUGCGUGAGACCCCCGCCCCUUCAACUGCAACCCCUGCAGAGCCCUCUGAGACCCCCAACAACUGGGCCGACUUCAGCUCCACGUGGCCCACCAGCACGAAUGAGAAGCCAGAAACCGACAGCUGGGAUGCGUGGGCAGCCCAGCCCUCCCUCACCGUGCCAAGUGCCGGGCAGCUGAGGCAGAGAUCGGCCUUCACUCCAGCCACGGCCACGGGCUCAUCUCCGUCUCCUGUUUUAGGCCAGGGUGAAAAGGUGGAGGGGCUACAGGCGCAAGCUCUGUAUCCAUGGAGAGCCAAGAAAGACAACCAUUUAAAUUUUAACAAAAAUGAUGUCAUCACCGUACUGGAGCAGCAAGACAUGUGGUGGUUUGGAGAAGUUCAAGGCCAGAAGGGUUGGUUCCCCAAGUCCUACGUGAAACUCAUUUCAGGGCCCAUAAGGAAAUCGACAAGUAUGGAUUCUGGUUCCUCAGAAAGUCCUGCAAGUCUGAAGAGAGUAGCUUCCCCAGCAGCCAAGCCAGCCGUGUCGGGAGAAGAAUUUAUUGCCAUGUACACUUACGAGAGCUCUGAGCAAGGCGAUUUAACCUUUCAGCAAGGGGAUGUGAUUUUGGUUACCAAGAAAGAUGGUGACUGGUGGACAGGAACAGUGGGCGACAAGUCCGGCGUCUUCCCUUCUAACUAUGUGAGGCUUAAAGAUUCAGAGGGCUCUGGAACUGCUGGGAAAACAGGGAGUUUAGGAAAAAAACCUGAAAUCGCACAGGUCAUUGCCUCCUACACAGCUACGGGGCCUGAACAGCUUACCCUGGCCCCCGGUCAGCUGAUCCUGAUCCGGAAAAAGAACCCAGGUGGAUGGUGGGAAGGAGAGCUACAGGCACGUGGGAAAAAGCGCCAGAUAGGCUGGUUUCCUGCUAAUUACGUCAAACUUUUAAGCCCUGGGACGAGCAAAAUCACUCCAACAGACCCACUGAAGCCAACGGCAUUCCCGACAGUGUGCCAGGUGAUCGGGAUGUACGACUACACCGCGCAGAACGACGACGAGCUGGCCUUCAGCAAGGGCCAGGUCAUCAAUGUCCUCAGCAAGGAGGACCCCGACUGGUGGAAGGGCGAAGUCCACGGGCAGGUGGGGCUCUUCCCGUCCAACUACGUGAAGCUGACUCCGGACACGGACCCCAGCCAGCAAUGGUGUUCAGACUUACACCUCUUGGAUAUGCUGACCCCAACUGAGAGAAAGCGACAGGGGUACAUCCACGAGCUCAUCGUCACGGAGGAGAACUACGUGAAUGACCUGCAGCUGGUCACAGAGAUCUUUCAGAAACCCCUGAUGGAGUCUGAGCUGCUGACAGAAAAAGAGGGUGCUAUGAUUUUUGUUAACUGGAAGGAGCUGAUUAUGUGUAAUAUCAAACUACUGAAAGCGCUGAGGGUCCGCAAGAAGAUGUCUGGGGAGAAGAUGCCUGUGAAGAUGAUCGGAGACAUCCUGACGGCCCAGCUGCCGCACAUGCAGCCCUACAUCCGCUUCUGCAGCUGCCAGCUCAACGGGGCCGCCUUGAUCCAGCAGAAGACCGACGAGGCCCCAGACUUCAAGGAGUUUGUCAAAAGAUUGGCCAUGGACCCACGCUGUAAGGGAAUGCCCCUGUCUAGUUUUAUACUGAAGCCUAUGCAACGAGUAACGAGAUACCCACUGAUCAUUAAGAAUAUCCUGGAAAACACUCCCGAAAACCACCCAGACCACAGCCACCUGAAGCAUGCCCUGGAGAAGGCAGAGGAGCUGUGCUCCCAGGUGAACGAAGGGGUGCGGGAAAAGGAGAACUCAGACCGACUGGAGUGGAUCCAGGCCCACGUGCAGUGUGAAGGCCUGUCCGAGCAACUUGUGUUCAAUUCCGUGACCAACUGCUUGGGGCCGCGCAAGUUCCUGCACAGUGGGAAGCUCUACAAGGCCAAGAGCAACAAGGAGCUGUACGGCUUCCUGUUCAACGACUUCCUGCUGCUGACCCAAACCAUCAAGCCCCUGGGCUCCUCGGGCACCGACAAGGUCUUCAGCCCCAAAUCAAACCUGCAGUAUAAAAUGUACAGGACACCUAUUUUCCUAAAUGAGGUUCUAGUGAAGUUGCCCACUGACCCUUCUGGGGAUGAACCCAUCUUCCACAUUUCCCACAUCGACCGAGUCUACACCCUCCGAGCAGAGAGCAUAAACGAGAGGACUGCCUGGGUGCAGAAAAUCAAAGCAGCUUCUGAACUCUACAUAGAGACAGAGAAGAAGAAGCGGGAGAAGGCGUACCUGGUCCGCUCCCAAAGAGCCACAGGCAUCGGGAGGUUGAUGGUGAACGUGGUUGAAGGCAUUGAGCUGAAACCCUGUCGCUCACAUGGGAAGAGUAACCCGUACUGCGAGGUGACCAUGGGGUCCCAGUGUCACAUUACCAAGACGAUCCAGGACACUCUGAAUCCCAAGUGGAAUUCCAACUGCCAGUUCUUCAUCAGAGACCUGGAGCAGGAGGUGCUGUGCAUCACCGUGUUUGAGAGGGACCAGUUCUCGCCAGAUGAUUUUUUGGGCCGGACGGAGAUCCGCGUGGCCGACAUCAAGAAGGACCAGGGCUCCAAGGGUCCAGUUACGAAGUGUCUCCUGCUGCACGAAGUUCCCACGGGAGAGAUCGUGGUCCGCUUAGACCUGCAGUUGUUCGAUGAGCCAUAGGGAGCCCACCCAGGGCGUGCUUGGCAGAACUCCAGCCCGAGGCAGCAGAUGCUGCCUGUCUGGAAACAGCAUGGCUUUUCGAGGACCAGCGUUUGGUGUUCAGCCACAGGGCAACAGGGCAGAGAAGACAGGCCCCUCCAAGUUUCUGGGACUACUUCUCGACAAUCCUCCCCACUAAAUCAUUUCCCAUGUUAGGAAACAGGACUGUGUUUUCCUUUGUCCUCACUGCGGGGCUCGUCGUGGCUUCUAGGGUCUUUGAAGUCCCAUCGCCCCCAACUACGUUUGGUGGGGUGUCUGGCCCGUCCCUGGGCCUGAGGCUUGAGUCUGGUUACUGUAAAAUAGGCUCAUAAAUGCAAUGUCUGUAUUUUUGGAGAACUCAUGGGACCCUCCUGCUUCUUACCUCCACCAGCCUCCAAGCAGGCCCUCCAGGAUGCCUAGUCCUUGGUGUGUUUAGAAAUGAUCCCGCUGAUCAUGUCAUUGCUUCAGAAUCUCAUUUCCCCACUGCGACCUCGUUAGAAAUGCUGCCCUGGGUCUGAUCACUUGGGGAGAUGGUCUUCUGAUCAGAUGCUGGUCUAAUCCGUGGAAGAUUCUGGCAGGCGUGUUGUUAGGGUUUCUCCAGCCUCCUCCAGGUUUUUUUUUACUGGUAGCUGUCAAUGGAAACUAUCCCUGGCUACAGCCAGGUGGCCUGAUCCUGGUUUCCCACACCCCUGGAAGGGGGUUAAGGGAGGCUGUCUACCUAGUUAUACUCUGUGGGACUAGGUCGCUGUAGCUCACCUGAAAGGCUGUUGACGAUGUUAUUGGGUCCCCAUCUCCAGCCUUGCUGGACAUUCCCUUUCCGCUUGGAGGUCCUGUGUUUCAGGACAAGAGUGGUUGCUGGUGACCAGCUCUGAGCCUCUUCCUGCCUGCUUGUCAUGGGCGAUUUCCACACGUGGCUUUGAUACGUUCCUCCCAAAGGUGUCCCCAAGGUGUGCAAAGGAAAACUGACAAUCCGCGGAGGGAAACUAUUACUGUGGUGGGGGAGAGACGUUAGGAGCAGGCAAGCCCCUCGGUUCCAGGGAAGGAGACCUGAGACUCCUUCCCAAAGCCCGCCGUACACAGCCAACCUCUCAGUAACGGAAGGACACACGGCGUGUUGUCAGAAUCAGGAGCGUAUGACCACGUGCCAAGUUUGGUUUGAGUUCUUUUUUGUUUUUUAAAUUGUUAGUGGAGUAUAGUUGGUUUACACUGCGGUGUCGGUCUCUGCUGUACAGCAGUCAACCGUCCAUGCAUAUCCGUAUGUCCCCUCUUCUCUGGGUUUCCUUCCCAUUCAGGUCGCUGCAGAGCUGAGUGGAGCUCCUCGUGUACAGUAGGCUCUUACUAGUUACCCAUUUUAUCCAGGGUAGUGUAUAAAUAUAUGGCAAUCCCAGUCUCCCAAUCCACGCCCCCACCCGCCGCCUCCUUCCCCCUCGGUAUCCACCCAUCUGUUCUCUAUGUCCUUAUCACAGAAGACCAUCGAUACCACCUUUCUAGAUGCCACAUACAUACGCUAAUACGUGAUACUUGUUUUUCUCUCUCUGACUUCACUCUGACAGUCUCUAGGUCCAUCCACAUCUCUGCAAACAGCCACAGUUUCGUUCCUUUUUGUGGCUGAGUAAUGCCAGUUUGAGUUCUUUCGGUUUUUCUCCUUAAAUGCCAGGAGAUAGGCUGGAUGACUAGGUAAGAACUUGAUUUGCUCAUGACAAGCGUGGAUCGUACUUUGCGUGUUAAUGCUCCCACAAUCCCAGUUUGUCGUUUUUUCGUGAAAUGUUCAUUGCAUGUUCUCUCAGUCCUGGAAUCUAGCUUUCUUGGGUAAGACGGUGUUCUCCUUGAUUGCAGGCCCUUAGAAUUUAAUUAGGAUUGUAGAAAUGCGUUCUGAAGAUAGCAUUGGCACUUCCCUGCUGGUUCCAGUGGUUAAGACUGCCCUUCCACUGCUGGGGGUCCAGGUUCCAGCGCUGGUUGGGAAACAGACCCUGCAUGCCACGUGAUGUGGCCAAAAAAAGAGGAGAAAAAAAAAAAAAAAGCUAGUGAACUACCCACUCUGCUGGGAACUGAAUAUGUCAUGUCACUCUUUGCCAUAAGAGCUCUGUCAUCAUUCAAGCAAUUUUUAAAAUGUAUGUGUCAGAAAGGGCAACAAAGUUUACAUUUCAUACUUUUCAGAUACACCUUAUUAUUUAUUUAUUAAAGAUAGUGUAGACUUUUGUAUCAAGAACAACAGACAUAGUAUUUUUUGAAACCGGAAGAUCUACCCUUUAGUUAGUAACUCUCAGCUGAAGACCUUAGAGGCCAAGUUCAACUUCAAGCUUGCAUUCAUUUACCACUUUCUAGCAGCAAGCAUGGUUCGGAUACUUUAAGUGUAUAUGUAUGUUUCGAUGCUGUUAGGAAGCCGUUUCAAAUGACACCUAUGAAUAGACCUACCAGUCACACUUUCUUAUGUCUAUACCCAAUACAGUUUGUUCAGUGUCUUUAUAGAGGAUGCGUGACUGUGGUAGAGAAAGAAGGGGUAUCUGUGUACACGGAGUCAUAUCGGGUCACCACUGCAAUCCUUUCUUCCUCCCUUUUCUUCAUUGGCUUUCUUUGUGUGUGAAUGUUGGGCAUCACCGUUCAUGUAGGGUGGGUGUGAUGUGCUCAGUGACAAACAUCUCGCCUUUUUAGGUCCACCAGCUCACCCACCCAUGCAGAGUCCCAUUAUCGGAAUUAAUGUCGCAUGAAGAAGCAAUAUGUGAGUCUUUUCUCCCAGGUGACUGUACUGAGCACCCUUGUGAUGCUCCUCCAGGGCAGCGAUUCUGGAUGAGUGCCCUUGUAUUCACCAGGGUGAUUUGUAAGGUGACUGAUCCUCCUUACGGAAGAGAUAGGCUGGCUGUCAGAUCCAGCUGUGACUCAGGAAUGUGGAUGACGCACGGAGUCUCCAGUUCUUUGAGACUGGUCCCUCGCAUCUACCUUUUUGGGCAGCCGGGGCUGUGUUUCAUAGAGAUGAAACAUCCCUUGCCAACAACCUUCCGUGUCCUAGCUCUUUGCUUUCCACAUACAGGGUUUCCCCUGGCCACUGCCUCCUGGCAUUGACUCCAGCCCUCCAGACAUGCCAAGUUUCCUCCUUCUCUGAGCCACCCUGACCUCGUCUAAGCCCAGCAAGGGAACUGCUAACGGAGCCGUGCCCUGAGGACAGGAGCCCUUGGGCAGCCAGCUCUCCCAGUCCCUCUGGGGCAGGGUCUUUCUGUCAGGGAGGUGGGCAACAUGUCUCCUGGAACCAGAGCAGUUGUGACCCCCCCAGAGCCUGAGGAUGCGGUUCAUUCAGAUCCAGGGCUGGCCUCAGGCACAUACACUCACACAUGCACACACACAGAUCUUUCUAGGCUGGGGUCUCCAGAUGUGCUUGAGAGGCUGGGGCCAGGCAUCCUGCAUGUCCCUGACCUCUGAUGGCAGAGGAGAGAGCUAUGCUUCCAAGGAAUGUUCGUGUUAAAAGGGGAAUUAUUUCUGCUCUUUGUGUUUGGAACUAUUUAAGCAUGGCCUAAGUCUAGGAAAGUAAUUCAUUUCAGCUGGUUAGUACUAUUGAAUUUAACGGGAAAAAAAUCCAUCCGAAAAUGAGUAAACUACCACUUGCAUUGUCUUAGUGACCUGGUACCCCAAACUCCUGUCUCUCCAGGAGUAGACUGGUGCCAGCAUAAAGACACUGACUCCAGCAGAGCGGGGGUGUUCUAGAAUCCAGCGGGGCUGGACAGCAAAGCAAAGUGAGUGAGUGAGAUGCUUCUGGUUUUAUCUGGAAGGAGAGCUGGGAGUCUAUUUUAGAGUUUUGCCAAUACUGUGAAAGUCGCUCAGUCGUGUCCGACUCUUUGUGACCCCAUGGACUGCAGCCCGCCAG